GUAAAAUACAUGUUUUAACGUAAUUUAUGACGUUUUUUUUGCCAAGAUAUGUAUUUAUUACCAUCAAAAAUUAGAUCCACAGAAUCUAUUGAAGAAAGUGUCUAUGAUGAGAAUGAGGGUAAUUUUUUGCCAAAUGUACCGGUUGUUCCUGGGCUAAUUAGGGGCUAUAAAGAAGGGAAUAUACAUAGAAAUAACGAGAGGAAAGAUGCGGUGCUGUUUUCAGGAGACAAUGUUAUGGAGGGGUUGCGAGAACAGUGUAGCAAUCUGCAUGUUUCUGGAUCGGUUAUACAGCGAAAUAAACAUAGAACAGUUAGGGCGUAUGAUUUAUCGUAUAAUGAACCUUUAGAACGAGGAAGAGAUGUUAAUUCGGGAGAUUUGAAUGAUAAAAAGAUAUAUCCUUUCGUGUCUAAUUUUGGGGAUCAAACAGAGUUAAAAAAUCCUCAGCUUAUAUUAACUAACCAGAGUGGAUCUAAAAUUGAUCCAGAAAAGAUUCCAUCUGUGGCAGAUGUUCAUGAGAUUUCGCAAGAAACAUAUAAACAUAAUAUAUUUUCAGUUACGGAAUCCAAUGUUAUUCCAACAGCGAAUACGGACUUUAUAGCGUUUGAUCAAGGGAUUUCAUCACCGAAAUUUGUUAGAUUGGUAACUAGAAAUAUAGCGGAAACGAAAGAGAUUUCAUCGGCGACAUUUAUACCUAUAUCUAUGGUUAUUCAGCCAUUUGCUUCACAAAAAUCUAAAGAAGGACCGAUUCCUUUAGUAGAUUAUGGAGAAAUGGGACCACCGAGAUGUAGAAAAUGUAGAGCGUAUAUUAAUCCAUUUAUGAGUUUUAUACAAGGUGGAUCUAAAUUUGUAUGUAAUAUUUGUUCAUUUCCAACUGAUGUUGGUGCUGAAUGGUUCUCUCCUUUGAAUGGUUUUGGAAAGCGACAGGAUUUUGAUCAUAGACCUGAGCUUAGUCAUGGGACAGUAGAAUUUUCUGUUCCUAAAGAAUAUGAAACAUGUCCUGUUGAACCGAUCAAAAUGAUUUUUGCUAUUGAUGUUAGCGAAACUUCUAUUCAAAAAGGAAUUCCAAGAGUUGCGACUAAUGCUAUAAGGAGGGCAUUAUAUGAGCCAUCAGAUAGGCCUUUUCCUCAUGGUGCUAAAAUUUGCAUUGUUACUUUUGAUCGUACUUUACAUUUUUAUAAUUUAUCAUCCUCAAUGAAUGAUGCAGAAAUGUUAAUUGUUUCAGAUAUUAAUGAUACUUUUGUUCCUUUACAUAAAGGAUUAUUUGUUGACGCAUAUGAAUCAAGAAAUAUUAUAGAGAUUGUUUUAAACUCUAUUGCAGUAAUGUUCGAUGAUUUAAAGGUUCCAGAACCAGCGUUAGGUUCUUUAGUUGAAUCAUCUCUUAUAGCAUUGGAAAAAACUGGUGGAAAAUUAAUUGUUUUUUUAACUACAUUACCUACAUGGGGACCAGGAAGUCUUAGGUUUAGAGAGGAUUCUAAACUUUAUAAUACAGAUAAUGAAAAACAAUUAUUUACUACACAAAAUGUUUAUUGGGAUAAUCUUGCCAAGAAAUGCGUGAAUUUAGGCGUUGGCGUAGAUUUUUUUCUUUUUCCUGCUUUUUAUAUUGAUAUCAGCACUAUAGGAGUUUUGGCAAGUAUUACUGGUGGUGAAAUAUAUUAUUAUCAGGAUUUUAUAGAAGAGAGGGAUGCAUCCAAAGUAAUUGGAGAAUUUACUAGAAAUGUUACACGUGAGCAGGCAUAUCAUGUUCAGAUCAAAGUUAGAUGCUCAAAUGGCUUACAAGUUCAACAAUAUAUUGGAAAUUAUAUACAGAAGAGGUCGGAUUUGGAACUUAGUGUUAUUGAUUCAGAAAAAGCGAUUUCUAUUACUUUUACAUAUGAUAGUAAAUUGAAUCCAAAAUCUAACGCUUACUUUCAAUGUGCAGUAUUAUAUACUACAGCAACAGGUCAACGUCGCUUAAGAUGUUAUAAUACAGUUGCAUCUAUAUCAUCAAAUCCUUGUGAUGUUAUUAGAUAUGUAGAUAUAGAUGCAUAUAUUACAAUUCUUGCUAAGAGCGCUUUACUUAAAAUCAUGAAAAAACCUCUUAAACAAAUCAGAGAUGAAUUAACUGAUGUGUGUAUCAAUAUUUUGGCAUGUUAUCGAAAAAACCUUUCAUCAUCUAUACCUACUUCUCAGUUGGUUCUUCCGGAAAACUUAAAAUUGCUCCCCAUAUAUAUAUUAUGUCUAUUAAAAUUGCCCGCAUUAAAAAAUGGAAAUAUCCAAAGUGAUUUACGAAUGCAAAAUGCUCAAUAUAUGUUAACAGUAGGUGUUCGCGAACUUAUUUCUUUUAUAUAUCCUCGAGUUUUCCCAUUACAUAAUUUAUCAGAUGAAAUGGGUUUUCCUGAUAACACUGGAAAUUUUGUUCUUCCUAAAGCGAUUAGAGCAUCUUCUUCUUAUUUAGAUGAAGGAGGUAUUUAUUUAAUGAUAAAUGGAAAUAACGCUGUUUUAUGGUUCCAUAAUUAUGUAUCACUAAAAUUAUUAAAAGAUCUUUAUGGAGAUGAUAUUUCUAAACUUUCAGAUAUAAACCCUCGAUCUACUUAUCUUCCAAAUUUAGACACUCGAUUUUCCAUUCAGGUUCGAAAUAUUUUUUUCUAUUUCAAUUCUUUUUAUCCUGGAAAAACCUUAACAGCAUACGUUUCUCGACAAGGACUUGAUGAAUCUGCAAAUGAAUUUAUAGCACAACUUGUAGAAGAUAAACAAUGCAAUUCUACAUCUUAUGUUGAUUUUCUAUGUUAUAUUCAUAGGCAAAUUCAACUUGAAUUGUCAGGAAACCGUCGUAUUUAUGAUUUUAAAGAAGAUCUAUUCAGAUCCUGGCAAGGACGAAUAUAAUUGCUUUGUUCUGUUUUUUUUCAACUACUUGUAUUUUAUUUCA